AUUUAUAGAACGUCACUUUUUCUGACAUUUGUGUUCCGGAAGGUCAUAAUCGGCGAUUCUGCAGUAUACGUACGAAACAUUUAAUUUUACUCGAUAAAGAUGUUUUCCCGAUUUGUGAGACCAGCUUUAAUUUCUACAAGGAACUUUUCUACCUCCAAACAGAAUAAUUAUAAAGUAGCGGUAUGCGGAGCUUCCGGCGGUAUUGGACAGCCGCUAUCUCUUCUUCUAAAAAUAAACCCUUUGGUGUCUGAAUUGUCGCUGUAUGAUAUUGUACACACCCCUGGGGUAGCUGCAGACUUGUCUCACAUUGAAACAGCUGCCAAAGUCAAGGGACACAAUGGUCCUGAUAACCUUGUUGAAGCACUCAGGAAUGCAGAUGUUAUCAUUAUUCCGGCGGGUGUGCCUAGAAAGCCUGGCAUGACCAGAGAUGAUCUCUUCAACACAAAUGCCGGUAUUGUCAGGGAUUUAGCCAAGGCAGCGGCAGAAGCUGCUCCGAACGCCUUAAUUGGUAUUAUCACAAAUCCGGUUAAUUCAGCUGUUCCGAUUGCUUGUGAGGUCCUCAAGAAAGCCGGAAAACUUGACCCGCGACGCAUCUUUGGCAUCUCGACGCUCGAUAUUGUGAGGGCCAAUACUUUCAUUGCAGAAGCCAAAGGCCUUAACCCCAAAGAUGUCAAUGUACCUGUAAUAGGUGGACACUCGGGAGUCACUAUUAUUCCGUUGAUUUCCCGAGCCACGCCUUCUGUUAGUUUCCCGGAAGACCAGCUCAAAGCAUUAACUGUUAGGAUACAAGAAGCGGGCACGGAAGUGGUAAAGGCGAAAGCUGGCGCCGGGUCAGCUACCCUUUCCAUGGCCUAUGCGGGUGCGCGUUUUGCCAACUCCCUGCUCAGGGCGCUCAAGGGUGAAUCAAACGUUAUUGAACCAGCCUAUGUAAUUUCCGACGUUACCGAAGCAGAGUACUUCUCGACACCUUUAUUGCUGGGCAAGAAUGGUAUCGAAAAGAAUUUGGGGCUGGGAAAGCUGAGCCCGUUUGAAGAAGAUUUACUGAAAGCCGCCAUUCCAGAAUUGAAGAAGAAUAUCAAAGCGGGAGUGGACUUCGCCAACAAGUAAACAUCCAAUCAUCAGUCUUAAAAUAAUUUAUUUUUAGCCAGUUUACAGAGCCAGAGAGCGCAUUAUGUUAACUAUUGUUUUUUACAAAUCAAUUUUUAUUUUUUAGGUCUCUGUUUGAAAGAGUAAAACGGUUUGCAUUUUGAAAAGAAGUGUAUAGCGAAAAGAGCAAGUAUCUUUCAUCUGUUUCAUGUGUAUAAAUAUUUUUGCCUUAUCUAUGUUUAUUAAUGUAAAAUAUUUAAAUAAAUAUGUU